AAAGAAGGAAACGAGAGAGAAUCGUGGUUGUGAGAAGAGCCUAGGGGAUUCCGCCAGGACUCGUUGAUUCGCAGCCUAGUCUGAUUCGCAGUGUCUAGUGAUUCGUCCAGUCUUGCAAACUACCUUUUUUACGAAGAAUUCGUUAGGGCCGCCCAGAUCGUGCCGCCAGAAGUAGUCCGUCCGCCGCCGAAUUCUCCGAAGAACGAGAAUAAGAGCGAAGAAACGAAGUAACUAGGAAGUUUCUUCCCACCGUGUGAUACGUGGGAAAACGACGACGUAGAAGGCACGUAGACCUUCCUGGGAGCGAGAGGAGAACACGGUAGAGAUUCAAAGCGUUUAAGUGAGCAAGAAAUAACCGAAGAUGCCGAAGCCGAAGGCACAGGAAGGAGAUGAUCCCGAUCCAACCCCCUACCUCUUCGUCUCCCUCGAGCAGAAGAGAAUCGAUCAGACGAAACCAUAUGAUGCGAAAAAGGCGUGCUGGGUACCCGAUGAGAAAGAAGGCUAUCUUCUUGGUGAAAUCAAGGCAACCAAGGGUGAUGUCGUUACCGUUGGAUUACCUGGUGGCGAGACGAAGGACUUCAAAAAGGAUCAGCUUCAACAAGUAAACCCACCGAAAUAUGAGAAAUGCGAGGAUAUGUCAAAUUUAACCUACCUCAACGAUGCUUCGGUUCUCCACAAUUUGAAACAACGUUACUACGCCAAACUUAUCUACACCUACUCUGGCCUUUUCUGCGUAGCUAUUAAUCCCUACAAAAGAUUCCCCGUAUACACCCAAAGGUGCGCGAAACUUUAUCGAGGCAAGAGGCGUAAUGAAGUGCCACCACACAUUUUCGCCAUUUCUGAUGGAGCAUACGUCAAUAUGUUAACCAACAGUGAAAAUCAAUCCAUGUUGAUCACCGGUGAAUCUGGUGCCGGAAAGACUGAGAACACGAAGAAAGUAAUUGCGUACUUCGCUACUGUCGGUGCCUCGACCAAGAAAGCUGACGAUGCGACCCAAAAGAAAGGUUCUCUAGAAGAUCAAGUCGUACAAACCAAUCCGGUACUGGAGGCGUUCGGUAAUGCCAAGACCGUCCGUAACGACAACUCCUCCCGUUUCGGUAAAUUCAUCCGUAUUCACUUUGGUCCCUCUGGAAAACUGGCUGGUGCCGAUAUCGAGACCUAUCUGCUGGAGAAGGCUCGUGUCAUUUCUCAACAGGCUUUGGAGCGUUCCUACCACAUUUUCUACCAAAUGAUGUCGGGUUCGGUUAAGGGUUUGAAGGACAUGUGUUUCUUGUCCAACAACAUAUACGACUAUACCAACGUGUCUCAAGGAAAAAUCACGAUCCCGAACGUCGACGACGGCGAGGAAUGUCUGCUGACGGACCAAGCCUUUGACGUACUGGGCUUUACCCAAGAGGAGAAGAACGACAUCUACAAGAUCACCGCAGCUGUCAUGCACAUGGGUGGCAUGAAAUUCAAGCAAAGGGGUCGUGAAGAACAGGCUGAAGCCGAUGGCACAGAGGAUGGUGAACGUGUCGCUAAACUGCUUGGUACCGACUGUGCCGACCUUUACAAGAACUUGUUGAAACCAAGAAUUAAGGUCGGUAACGAGUUCGUAACGCAAGGUCGUAACAAGGAUCAAGUAGCGUACUCCGUGGGUGCUAUGUCGAAAGCCAUGUUCGACAGGCUGUUCAAGUGGCUGGUGAAGAAAUGUAACGAAACAUUGGACACGCAACAAAAGAGGCAACAUUUCAUUGGUGUACUGGAUAUUGCUGGUUUUGAGAUCUUCGACUACAACGGCUUUGAGCAGCUCUGCAUCAACUUCACCAACGAGAAACUGCAACAAUUCUUCAAUCACCAUAUGUUCGUACUCGAACAAGAGGAGUACAAGAAAGAAGGCAUCGACUGGGAGUUCAUCGAUUUCGGCAUGGACUUGGCUGCUUGUAUCGAACUGAUCGAGAAGCCUAUGGGUAUUCUGUCCAUUCUUGAAGAAGAGUCUAUGUUCCCGAAAGCCACCGACAAGACAUUCGAGGAGAAAUUGAACAAUAAUCACCUUGGUAAAAGCCCUAACUACUUGAAACCCAAACCACCGAAACCAGGCCAGCAAGCAGCUCACUUCGCUAUCGGCCAUUAUGCCGGAAACGUACCAUACAACAUCACGGGUUGGCUGGAAAAGAACAAGGACCCGUUGAACGACACCGUAGUCGAUCAAUUCAAGAAAUCCGCCAACAAACUGUUAAUCGAGAUCUUCGCUGACCAUCCUGGACAGUCUGGUGAUGCCGGUGGUGGCGGUGGCGGCAAAGGUGGACGUGGUAAGAAGGGUGGCGGUUUCUCAACGGUAUCGUCCUCCUACAGGGAACAGUUGAACAACUUAAUGACAACUUUGAGAGCCACCCAACCCCACUUCGUCCGUUGCAUUAUCCCCAACGAGAUGAAGCAACCGGGUGUCAUAGAUUCUCAUCUUGUCAUGCAUCAGCUGACUUGUAACGGUGUGCUUGAAGGCAUCCGUAUCUGUCGUAAAGGAUUCCCCAACAGAAUGGUGUAUCCUGACUUCAAACUACGGUACAAGAUUCUAGCGCCAGCAGCAGUCGAUAAGGUGGCUUCUGACCCGAAGAAGGCUGCAGCGGCGAUUUUGGAGGCGUCUGGCCUAGAUCCCGAUCAAUAUCGUCUUGGACACACCAAGGUAUUCUUCCGUGCCGGAGUCCUGGGUCAGAUGGAAGAGUUCCGUGACGAGCGUCUCGGCAAGAUUGUGUCCUGGAUGCAAGCCUACAUCAGAGGUUACUUGUCCAGAAAAGACUACAAGAAACUCCAGGAACAACGUCUGGCUUUGGUUGUCGUUCAAAGGAAUUUGAGAAAGUACCUGCAACUUCGUACUUGGCCAUGGUGGAAAUUGUGGCAGAAAGUUAAACCCCUCCUCAACGUCUCUCGUAUCGAAGACGAGCUUGCUGCGCUCGAAGAGAAAGCAAAGAAAGCUCAGGAAGCCUUCGAAAAGGAAGAGAAGUUGCGCAAGGAACUCGAGGAGCAAAACACGAAACUUAUCACGGAAAGGAAUGCCUUGCAACGACAGCUGGAUGGCGAGAAAGGUUCUCUCUCGGAAUACAUGGAGAAAUCCUUGAAAUUGGCCGCUCAGAAAUCUGACCUCGAGUCACAACUUCAGGAUCUCAAUGACAGAUGCAAAGAAGAGGAAGAUGCGCGAAACAAUCUUUUCCAAAACAAGAAGAAACUCGAACAGGAAGUAGCAGGCCUAAAAAAGGACAUCGAAGACCUCGAACUUAACCUGCAGAAAUCUGAGCAAGAUAAAGCCACAAAAGAUCAUCAAAUCCGUAACCUGAACGACGAGAUCGCCCACCAAGACGAACUGAUCAACAAAUUGAACAAGGAAAAGAAGAACCAGGGUGAAGUUAACCAAAAGACUGCCGAAGAGCUCCAAGCUGCUGAGGAUAAGGUUAAUCACUUGAACAAAGUGAAAAUCAAGCUGGAGCAUACACUCGACGAACUCGAAGACUCCCUCGAACGUGAAAAGAAAUCCCGAGCCGACGUAGAGAAAGCUAAACGAAAAGUAGAGGGUGACUUAAAACUCACGCAAGAAGCCGUUGCGGACCUCGAGAGAAAUAAGAAAGAACUUGAACAAACCAUUCAACGCAAAGACAAGGAACUCUCCUCUUUAACUGCCAAACUUGAAGACGAACAAUCCUUAGUAGGCAAACUGCAGAAACAGAUUAAGGAAUUACAAGCCCGUAUCGAAGAACUCGAAGAGGAGAUCGAAGCUGAGCGCGGUUCUCGUGUGAAAGCUGAGAAACAGCGCAGCGACUUGGCACGAGAACUCGAGGAACUUGGCGAACGUCUCGAGGAAGCUGGUGGCGCUACCUCUGCUCAAAUCGAACUUAACAAGAAACGAGAAGCUGAACUUAGCAAACUCCGCAGAGAUCUCGAAGAAGCUAACAUUCAACAUGAAGCUACUCUUGCCAGUUUGCGUAAGAAGCAUAACGAUGCCGUCGCUGAAAUGGGAGAACAAAUUGACACGCUUAACAAACUUAAGGCUAGAGCCGAAAAGGGCCGCCAUGACAUCCAUGCUGAGCUAAACAAUUCUCGCGCUGCAACGGAUCAAGUUUCCCGGGAGAAGGCUGCUCAAGAAAAGAUCGUAAAGCAACUGCAACACCAGUUGAACGAGACCCAGGGCAAACUUGAGGAGGUGAACCGCACUCUGAACGACUUCGACGCUGCUAAGAAGAAACUGUCAAUCGAAAAUAGCGACCUGCUGCGCCAACUGGAGGAAGCUGAAUCACAAGUCAGCCAGCUGUCCAAGAUCAAGAUCUCACUGACGACACAACUGGAGGACACGAAACGCCUGGCCGACGAAGAAUCGAGGGAACGCGCCACACUUCUUGGCAAAUUCCGCAACCUGGAGCACGAUCUGGACAAUAUUCGAGAACAAGUCGAAGAGGAAGCAGAGGGCAAGGCAGAUCUCCAGAGACAACUCAGCAAGGCGAACGCAGAGGCACAACUAUGGCGCACGAAAUACGAGUCCGAAGGAGUUGCAAGAGCCGAAGAACUCGAGGAAGCCAAGAGAAAGUUACAGGCUCGUCUGGCGGAAGCAGAGGAAACGAUCGAAUCCCUCAACCAAAAGGUUAUUGCUCUCGAGAAGACGAAACAGAGAUUGUCGACAGAAGUGGAAGACCUACAAAUCGAAGUCGAUCGUGCAACCGCAGUUGCCAAUGCUGCCGAAAAGAAACAGAAGGCCUUCGACAAGAUCAUUGGGGAAUGGAAGCUCAAGGUCGACGAUCUUGCUGCCGAACUCGAUGCCAGUCAAAAGGAAUGUCGCAACUACAGCACAGAAUUAUUCAGGCUCAGAGGCGCAUACGAAGAAGGCCAAGAACAGCUGGAAGCAGUACGUCGCGAAAACAAGAAUCUCGCCGACGAGGUGAAAGACCUUCUGGACCAGAUCGGCGAAGGUGGACGCAACAUUCACGAGAUCGAAAAGGCCAGAAAGCGCCUGGAGGCUGAGAAGGAUGAACUUCAAGCCGCAUUGGAAGAAGCCGAAGCCGCUCUGGAACAGGAAGAGAACAAAGUGUUGCGCAGCCAGCUUGAAUUGAGCCAAGUUAGACAAGAAAUUGACCGACGCAUCCAGGAGAAGGAAGAAGAAUUCGAAAACACCAGAAAGAACCACCAGCGUGCUCUUGACUCUAUGCAAGCAUCGCUCGAAGCCGAAGCUAAGGGUAAGGCUGAGGCGCUACGCAUGAAGAAGAAGCUUGAGGCUGACAUUAACGAGUUGGAGAUCGCUUUGGAUCAUGCGAACAAAGCAAAUGCUGAAGCUCAGAAGAACAUCAAGAGAUACCAGCAACAAUUGAAAGAUGUGCAAACCGCGCUUGAAGAAGAACAACGAGCACGCGACGAAGCAAGGGAACUCCUUGGAAUUUCCGAACGUCGGGCGAACGCUCUUCAGAAUGAACUCGAGGAAAGCCGCACUCUUCUCGAACAAGCUGACCGCGGACGUCGCCAGGCCGAGCAAGAAUUGGCAGACUGCCAUGAACAACUGAAUGAAUUGGGUGCUCAGAACGCUUCUAUCUCUGCUGCCAAGAGGAAACUCGAGGCUGAACUUCAGACUCUGCACUCUGAUUUGGAUGAGCUGCUGAACGAAGCGAAGAACUCCGAGGAAAAAGCAAAGAAGGCCAUGGUCGAUGCCGCUAGAUUAGCCGACGAACUCCGAGCCGAACAAGAUCAUGCUCAAACACAAGAGAAACUCCGCAAAGCUCUCGAAACUCAGAUCAAGGAGCUCCAGGUGCGUCUUGACGAAGCCGAAGCGAAUGCCCUCAAGGGUGGUAAGAAGGCCAUUCAGAAACUUGAACAACGUGUACGUGAAUUGGAGAACGAACUCGACGGAGAACAGAGGAGACACGCUGACGCCCAGAAGAAUCUCCGCAAGUCCGAACGUCGCAUUAAGGAACUCAGCUUCCAGGCCGAUGAAGACCGUAAGAACCACGAACGCAUGCAAGACCUUGUUGAUAAGCUUCAACAGAAGAUCAAGACGUACAAGAGGCAGAUUGAGGAAGCUGAAGAAAUUGCUGCUCUGAAUCUCGCGAAAUUCCGCAAAGCGCAACAAGAACUUGAAGAAGCGGAGGAAAGGGCGGACCUCGCUGAACAGGCAAUCACCAAGUUCCGCACUAAAGGACGUGGAGGAAGUGCUGCGCGUGGACUAAGCCCAGCGCCACAUCGAUCAGCGUUCAAACCCCAAUUGGAUGGUUCCGCAUUCCCGCCACGCUUCGACCUGCAGCCCGAUGGUGAACUGUAAAGAUCUGUGCGACCAACUUACUCGUUAGAAACUUAAUCGUAACAGCUUAACAGACGAAUUGAUUGAUCGCAACCGACGAACUUUCAUCGUGUCAUCUCACUGAAUAACUCAUCCCAUUGUCUUCAUAUAUAUGCACACCUUUACGCUGAAGUACAAAAAGUUCUUUCACCAUCUUCACUUUUAUUGACACGUGAAUGUCCGUGCUUGGUCACCUUGCCAGUUUUGAAAUAAAAACGAAAUUUUCUCACUUGGACGUUAUAUCGUAGUUAUGUGUAUAUGUAGUACAUUUAAUUGUCGAACAAAAACAAAAAGGAAAGGGAAAAGUAAGAAAAAAAUCAGGAAUAAUAACACACGUGGAGGAAUAGUAGCCUUCACCACUCGCGCUGACGGUCGAGGAAAAAGAGAGUGAAAGAGUGAGAGUGGGAGAGCAAGAGAGAAAACGAGAGAAAGGAAAGGUGCGAGCGGUCGAAAUGGAAGACGAGAGCCAGCUCGAAAUUUAAACGUUCUAUUAAGAACACGUAGCGAAAAGGGAAAAUAUAAUGUGUAUACUGGCAUACGCGCGAAUCAAGCGGACGAAUCAAUAAAUGAAA